UGUCAGAAGUCCCACAUAUCCCUAGAGGAUAAGAUGCCAUGGAGGCUACAGGAAGAACAGCGCUUUCUGUCUGCUCUGUUCUCUUCAUCUUAACAGAAGUCAGCUCUGAGUUCAUCCACAUCCCUUCAUUGGUCCAUCAUGGCAUUGAAGGGAAGUCCGUGCUGCUGUCCGUUGAGACUCGCUUCCCGCUGGAUGAUGUUGAGAUCCAGGGAACUUGGUCCCACACCACUCCGAGCGGCAUCAGAACCACGUUGGUGACGUUUACCAAAGAGGCCAGAAUCACUGACAUGAUGCACCACAACCACCUCCUCUUUAAAGAACCCAAUGUUUCUUUGCUAAUCCAGAAGUUAAACCAGGAAUAUGAGGGGGAUUACCACCUGAACCUCAACAUAGCGUUUCAUAACGAGACAGGACGGUUUAUCAAGGAGGGGAGGACUGUGCACGUAACAGUGGAUGUCCCUGUGUCCAGUCCAGUCGUUGAGAAGAGCCCAUCAUAUGCAGUUGUUGAGGACAAGGCAAACGUAACCUGGACGUGUUCCGUCGAGACAGGAACGAGAGUUGUGUUCCAGUGGCUGAGGAACAAUGUCGCACUUGGGGCCAGUGACAGAUACCACUUCACCCAAGACAACUCUACAUUGUUAAUCAGUCCGGUGAGAAAAGAGGACAAGGGAACUUACCACUGUGUGGCCAGCAACGCUGUCAGCCAGGGCCUGCACAGCAGGGCCGUGGAACUCAAUGUCUAUUAUGGCCCCUACAACCUGGAGGUGAACUCAGGCCAGGGCCUGCGAACAGGAGAAGUGUUCACUAUCAAUCCUGGAGAGCUGGUCUUCUUUGAAUGCCAGGCUGACUCCAACCCACCCAACAGCUACGUCUGGAUGUCUAAGAGCCGCAACACCACCCAGGUCAUCACUGUGGGCCCGCGGCUGGAGGUUCUCUCCUAUAGAUUGGCCCAGACUGAAGAGUACCUGUGCCGCGCCUUCAACAACAAGACGCAGAAGCAGGACGAGGCCCAAUUUACUCUGGUGGUGGCCAGCUUUGGAACAGGGAAAGAGAAGCACAGCCAGAAGGGCAGCCCUGUAUCCCCUCUGGCAGCCAUUAUCGUCUGCUCUUUGUUCGCCAUCGGCUGUAUGCUGCUGUUCUUCCUCAGGAGAACCUGCCAUCCUAAGAGAGUUCUGAUGAGCAUAUACAACAGACCGCUUUCAGAGCAGAAACGACCACAUCGUUCAGGUCAUGAAGAUGCAACAGAAGACUUUGGCAUCUACGAGUUUGUCUCCAUACCGGGGAAAAUGGAAUCUGCACAGGCAUCAUGCAGAUCUUUGGCUCGCCUCGAGUCAGUUCAGGAUAUGCACACCACCAUCUACGAUGUGAUUAGACAAGUUCCUGAUACCCCCAGUGACAGUUUGGUUUGCUGAGAUAAACUGGAGAGUUGAGAUGGAACUCAUUUCACUUGAAGACUCCUGUGUGGCUUUGCUCUCUUUUAUCAAAGCCUGAAUCACUGGUUUUGGUCGCCCAUUUCUUUGCACAAGGGAUAAAGGAAACUUGUGUGAGUACACAACCUGAUCGUGCACUGUUUCUAUCUGACUUUGGGACAGAUGUUAAUUGACUUUUGCUGACAUUCUUUUGCGAUAUGAAAGUGUAAGAAUGCCUUGAAAUGUACAUGUUUUUUUUGACUGAAGUUAAUACAGUUUUGCCUUUUUCGUUCAAAAAAUGAAGAUUACUUCAGGUCAUAUAAAACCAAGCAAGUUAGUUGAAUAUUUUAUGAGGUACCUACAAGGUACCCAAACUAUUUAUAUGUUAAAUUUUAAAUACUAAGGUUUUAUUUGACAUUUCAAUAAUAUCUUUUUAAGUUAACCCGCCAAUGAGAGUUUGUUUUGUGACAAGACAAGUGUUAUAAUGAAUACAUUUUCUUGAAUGAAAUAUUUUUAGGUUAAUAAUGUAAAUAUUGUACAUAGAUUAUACUGUAGAUUCUUUAUACAUAUUAUUCUAUUUCUAUGUUUUGCUCCAAUCUAUUUAUUCCAAUAGAAACACUUAACCCUGUUUCCACAAAUGUAGCAUUUCUUUCUGCUCAACAUGGAUAUAAUGAAAUGCUGAAACAAGGAAAAGGAUUAAUGAUUCAUAAAUGAUUGUACAGUUUGCAUUCACAUGUUUGUUUUGUACUUUAUUAAAUAUAUAACUGCUUACUAUUCUAAUUUCAUUUUUAAAUAUA